CGCCACCGACAGCCGUCUAGAGGCAUAUGAAUAGUCGCCGCGAUGGGCGGAGUAACCUCCUCGAUCGCCGCGAAGUUCGCGUUCUUCCCGCCACAGCCGCCGUCGUACACGGUGGUAGCCGACACCUCCAGCGAAGGAGGUGCUUCUCAUCGGUUUUAUAUUCCCGAGGUUCCGAAGAAGGAGAACGUGGACGUUUUGAAGCUUAGAACCCGUCGAGGGAACGAAAUCGUGGCGGUUUAUGUCAAGUACCAUAAGCCAACUUGCACUAUGCUCUAUUCUCAUGGAAAUGCCGCCGAUUUGGGUCAGAUGUUUGAGCUCUUCGUUGAAUUGAGUAACCGUCUUCGCCUCAAUGUUAUGGGCCAACUGAAUAUAAUACAUAUGCAGAUAUUGAUGCUGCAUAUAAAUGCCUAAAAGAGCAAUAUGGAGUGAAAGAUGAGCAGUUGAUACUGUAUGGCCAAUCUGUUGGUAGUGGUCCCACACUUGAUCUGGCUUCACGGUUACCAGAGUUAAGAGGUGUUGUCUUGCAUAGUCCAAUUUUGUCAGGGCUGAGAGUGUUGUACCCGGUAAAACGGACAUACUGGUUUGAUAUUUACAAGAAUAUUGACAAGAUUGGUAUGGUCAAAUGUCCAGUUUUGGUUAUACAUGGGACAGCCGACGAAGUCGUGGAUGUAUCCCAUGGGAAACAGCUCUGGGAGCUUUGCAAGGAAAAGUAUGAACCCUUGUGGGUAAGUGGUGGUGGGCAUUGUAAUCUUGAGCUUUACCCAGAAUUCAUUAAACAUCUAAAGAAAUUUGUACAGACAGUUGGAAAAUCUAAAGGAACAUCAAAUGGUUCUAAAAAGGAUACAGUAGUACAAACCAAUGACCAAACCACAGCUAGCAAUGAAGUCGUAUCUGGAACUUCGAAUGCAUCUGAGCUUAGUAAAGAUCUUCCAGAAGCUUCGAGAAACAGUUUAGAUAGCCGCCUCGAGAAGUCGAAAAAAUCAAACCAACCAGAAAAAUCACGAAUGAGCACAGACCAUGUUGAUAGGUUUAGGAGAAGAAAGGGGUUAGUUUGGUAGUGUUUGUACACAGUAUCCAGAAGAAUAAAUUUUUCUUUUUAAGUAUAAACAUGGCGGGUAAUCUAAUUCCAAUUCCUCAGGUAAUGAAUUCUAAAUCUAAAUGAAUGUAUUAAUGUGAGAUUUAUGCCUUCUUUGCUUAUUUAAUUGUUCCAUAAUUCAGCUGUAAUGAAUUGAAUGUCAUGUAAAAUCAAUGGUUUGAUCUAAAUGUAAUCAUAAAGAUACUUUGUUUCGGUAAAAUACCAGCUUGAUCUUCA